GGCACACCCCAAGUGGUCAGAUAAUCGGCUAAGACCAUCAGUUGGAACCUCUAAUACUUUCAGUCGGCUUGCGGCCUUUGGAGCGAGCUGUCAACUAGGAGAAUGUUUGCCAGCAGAGGAACUCUGGUCCUGGCACUGCUGCUGGUAUCAGCAAUUGGUGGCCAAUCUGAAUCGAACCCCUGCAAACUGAAGGAGUCGGAGCACGGCAAGGUGUGCGUCUGCACGGCUGACUACUGUGAUUACUUGGAAAAUCCCGUGCUGACGGAUGAAAGCGAAUGGUUCCUGGUCUCCAGUUCCAAGCAGGGACUCCGAUUCUCGACAACCAGUAAUAAAUUAGGCGCAGAAGAGAAGUUCACCGUGCAGGAUUAUGUGGAGCCUGCCACUGAGACGAAGAAUGAGACUAUCCUCUCCCGUCUGCUGGAUGAGGUGGUGGCCAGCGCCUUCACUUUGGAGACCCGCGAGAGCGCCAUCACGCGCUCGGUGACCCUGCGCUUGGACAGAAGCAAGACCCACCAGAAGAUGGUGGGCUUUGGAGGCAGCUACACCGGCGCCGUGGAAUACUUGGUGGACAACUUCAAGCAGUCGGAACUCGUCGAUCAUCUCUACAAGUCCUUUUAUGCCGAGGAUGGUCUGGGCUUCAAUCUCAUGCGAGUCUCCAUUGGCGGCUGUGACUUUGACCUGGAGCCUUGGUCCUAUGCCGAGGAGGUGGGUGACACCCUGCUCUCGGACAUGGAUAAACUGAACGCCCAUGAUGUGAAGAGAGUGGAACAGAUCAAGCGCCUCAUCGAAGUGUCCGGCGUGAAAAAUCUUUUGGUCAAGGGAGCCGCUUGGAGUCCUCCGCCAUGGAUGAAGACCAACAAUAAGUGGACAGGAUUCGGGAGGCUCAAGAGGGCUUACUAUCAGACCUGGGCAGACUACCAUCUGCGUUGGUUAAAGCUGAUGGAGGCCAAUGGCAUUCCCAUCUGGGCCAUCUCCACGGGCAAUGAGCCCCUCAACGGCAUCUUCUUCAUGUACUUCGUGAAAUUCAUGAGCUUGGGAUGGACACCGCAGACCCAGGCCAUCUGGCUGAAUGAUUAUCUGGGUCCCACCCUCCGUAACUCUGAGUUCAAGGACAUCAUUCUGUUUGGCAACGACGAUCAGCGUUACUCCUUCCCCCAUUGGUUUAAAAUGAUGAACUAUACCCGGCCCAAUUCGAUUGAUUAUCUGGACGGAUUAUCGCUGCACUGGUAUUGGGAUGAGAUAUUCGGCAACAGCUUUAUCGAGCAGACCACUGAGUACGCCCCCGACAAGAUCUUGAUAGUUUCGGAGUCGUGCAUUGGGGACAAGCCCUGGCAGGCGGCUGCCCCACUCCUGGGAAGUUGGGAGCGGGCCGAGAAGUACGCCCGUGACUAUCUGCAGAACAUUAAGUUGGGCUUCCACGCCUGGAUCGACUGGAACAUCUGCCUGGACGAGGAGGGUGGUCCCAACUACGUGCAGAACACGGUGGACGCCCCAGUUAUAGUGAACACUACAACCUUUGAGGAGUUCUAUAAGCAGCCCAUGUUCUAUGCCAUCGGUCACUUCUCCAAGCUGGUUCCCGAGGGAUCCGUUCGUAUAGAUGCCGUGCCCAGCAAUAUCAAUCUGGAUUCGGUGGCCUUCCAGCGACCGGACAACAAAAUCGCCGCCGUUCUUUUCAAUAGUGGGCGCGCUGAUCUGGACAUCACCUUGGUGGAUAGUGUCCGGGGCCAGUUCGUCGUAAAUGUUCCGGCCAAAUCCAUUCACACCUUGCUGUACAGCUAGAAAUAUUUCAUACUUAACAGUAUAACUGGAAAAAAAUAAAAAAAAAUAUUUAAAACA